AUGAAGUCAUUCACACUCCUCCUUGGUGGGCUGUUUGCGAUACUGUCCUCGGCGUGCAUGUUCCCUUUCAACAACCCUCGCCUCACCAAUAGUUCGCUAGUCGAAGAGUAUAUCGCCGACUUGCAAACCAAGGGAGGCAACGGCUGGAGUAGCAUGAUUGGCGCGAAGAAACCACUCAUCACCGCUUGGCCCAAGAAUAGUGCAUCAGGCAAGGUGACUUACAUCGACUACUGCUUCGACUCCCAUGCGUCGUACUCGGCACUCAAGGACGUAGUCGCCAGCGCGAAUAAAAUGUGGCGCGACAAGUUAGGACCUGGUUCGACAAAUGGUCAUCAUUUCGACGGCUUCCGCCACUAUUACUCCAAGAACACCAACUCUCAUCCCCGCUGUUACAAAGGCUUUCCGGAUCCGUGGGGAUGGAACUCAGAGGUCCCCGAGGGUACACUCGUGAUAGAAUGGAACAAGUCCGGAGCUAGUUAUUCCACCGUCGGCUACGACGCUGGAAGUAUCGUUCCAGAUCGAAACUACUUGAAAAUUGCUACUGGGAGAUCUAGGUUUGAGGGUUGGGUUCUCGAAAUUGCUCACGAGUUAGGUCAUGUCCUCGGCUUGCUGCAUGAGCAUCAACGAAUUGACCGGGAUCGUGAUCUCUACUUCCACUGCUCUAAGCUGGAGGGUUAUACCGAAGCAAGAGAUACAAUUGCGGCGCACCCCGAAUGGGGAUUUACCAUCAAACAGGUUUGUGAAUCACAAGUCCUAGGUACCAGUAAGAAGGAGCUCAGCUUCUGGCAAGCGGCUGAAUAUGCACUGGACGCGGUAGAGGACAACCCUAUUUAUGGAAAAUCAAUGGACCACAACUCCAUAAUGAUGUACCCUUCUUGGGCGAACGCCGCAGAUGAUAUGCACGGGCUCGCCAACCUACCUCUCGUGCGCUGGAAGAACGGACCACCCAGUAACGGGCAUGCGCCAGAUCAUUCCAACGCAGAGAUCAUCGAGUAUCCUUUAGCGAUCUCCGAUGGAGACAAGGAAGCAAUUCAGAAGCUUUACCCAUGGGAAGAUUGA